CACCCAAUAGAAACUAAUCAAUGUCUGUUAUUAGUGGCUACAGGCCAAGGGACAUCGCACUGCAGUGCUCACGUCAAGGAUGACAACUAUUGAAAGACAGCAAAUGAUUGACUCAUUUAAUACAAAUACACCCGUUACUACCUCAGACAGAGAGAUGCAGACACUGAGUCCCAACAUGAUCAUAAGUCCAUUCUCAUUGAUUGAAGUUGGAUACACAUGUGUGCGGGGAUUUCGCCUCGUGUUGAUAGGGCCCAAGUGACUUCACUUGGAAGAGUCAAGCAAUGGCUCACAUUCGACAGAUUGGACAGCGCAAUGCAGUUACAUAUACAUACUGACUAAUCUGCGAGAAUGUGGACAUCAAGCAAGGCAUGGUGUAGAGACAGGCAACGCGAGACAAGUUCAACUGGAUGUCGAUGGAGAUUCGUGAAGAUGUUGAGAGGGAACGCUCGCGAAGACUGGGCGUCAAUGCCUAUGCCUGAUGAAAGAUACAAUGUAUCAUAACAGAUACUGCACUCAGUAGUAUAAUAUGAAACUGGUUAUGGAUGAGGGGAUCUAGAAAUACUUAUGUAAUGAAUCCCUUCCUGUAACUAACUAGUUACGAGUGUGAAACGGAUAAACCAAUGUAGCGGUUAAACUCCGUGUCGGGGAAGUCGGGGAGUCGAUUAUCCGGACUGCACGAGGCUAUCACUAAAGAGGAUGACAUUGACAUCUAUAGACACCAUAGACGAUAG